UUCUCAUCUUAAAUACAGAGAUAGAUUAUUAGAGGCGUUUUAUUUAAAAAAUAGGUUUAUAGCAGUAAGACAGUGUUAGAUACUUAUAAAAUAUGGUAAAAUGGACCAUCGUACUUGCAAUAUUCUUCUUCAACCACUGUUCGGCGACUUCAAUAACAGAGAAGCUUCCGCGUGAAGAGUUCUCCGAAUUCCCGCUUUUUCGACAUCUGGACCGGUUCACGCCAUGCGUGGAGUCGAAGGGAGGAGUGUACUGCAGCACCAGCUUCCAUCUUGUAGCCGCCGGUCACAACGAGCUGUACGAGAAAAUAGAGAAUCUAACCACAUCGGCGGUGAGACAUUACGAUUACCGGAAUCCGCAUUACGGAUACUGCGUCACGCAGCGCUGCAAGCAGUUCUACAAGGGGGACUCUGAUUUGGAACUGCUGGAGGCUAUGGGCGCGUGCCUCAACCAUACCUUGGAGCGGGAGUACGGGCUGCGCGCGCGCAUCAACUACAGCACGUGCUACCGGCACGGGGAGCGCAAGCACCGGGUCACGUGGCUGGACUGCGCUGCUGCCGUGUUCUUCCUCACGAUCUUUGCGUCUGUUGUAGCUGGCACCUCAUAUGAUAUCUUCGCCACAAAUAAGGAUUCAAACUGUUACUUGAUGUGUUUCUCCCUGCCGGCCAACUGGGCGCAGCUGAAGGCACCCUGGCCGAGUGACAAGAUGACAGCUCGACUCGUUGGAAUCAAUGGCAUGAGAGCAAUUACCUCAAUAAUCGUAAUUUAUACACACGCGGCUCUUGGCGUUGGCCCCACUGUUGAAAAUCCGUAUCAAUCAGAACAAAUAAUGGAGUCAUUCAGUUUCCGGAUCAUGGGGCACACGCACAUCGUAAUGCAGACAUUCUUCGUCUUUUCGGGAAUGUUCAUGACAUACUCUCUCCAAAUAUCUAAUGAGAAGAACCCCUUGACGUUGCGGUCGCUGCCGAAGGCGAUAUUCUUCAGAUGGUACAGGUUGGCACCCGUGUACCUAGCCACGGUAUUGUUCAGUGCAACGUGGUACAAGUUCUUACCCUACGGACCCUUCUGGCAGGAGCUGGUAAACGACGAGGUACACGACUGCCAGGCGCACUGGAGCUCCAUGUUCUUCUUCUAUUCCAAUUACCAGUACGGAAGCCAAUGCAACCCGCAUCACUGGUCCACAGCCCUGGACUUUCACAUGCACAUCUUGGGCUUGCUAGUGAUGCUGAUUCCGUCAGAGAAGAUGAGGAAUACGGCGCUCUUCCUUCUCUGCACAAUCGGUAUAGUGGUACCUGGCAUCGAGGUUUACUUGAGGGACAUUGAUGGCGUGAUACUACCGUCUGGAAAAACCGUGCAAAAUCUAAGGGCAUUCAACAACGACGAUGUGUUCAACUACAUACACAAGCGCACGCACAACAACAUGCCAGUUUACAUCAUCGGCAUGGCGUUUGGAUUGUUCCUGUACAAGUUCAUGAAGAACCCUGUCGACACCACUAAAUAUAAGGUGACCAAAUCGAUGGGCGUCAUCGUGUUGACAUUCAUCCUGUCGACAUUCGUGUGGUUGUUCGUAGAGGCGCCCUUUAACAAUCUACUCAAAAGGUUUUUAGGAAAGAAAUCGAUUCUUCAAAUUGAAAAUGAUAAAAAUAAAUCGGAAUAAAGUUGAAGAGAGAUUUUCAUAAAAUGUUUAUUUGAUUGUAUCAUUUAUCUUAUUGAAAUUGCGCAUAACGUCUUUAAUUGUUACAAAAAAAACAAGUUGUGCUAAGGUUUGAGGUGUAUGAAAGUUUAAAAAGCUUGUAUGGAAGCGGAUGACGGAAUUGUGAGAAAUAAAUACGAUACCAA